UUCGCUGGGCUCCGGAGGAAGGACCACAUCCGGGGCCCUGUGGCCGCGGCACGGUUGCCAUGGUAGCAGGGUGGCUGGCAGGCCUCCCACGCUGAGGGCCAAACUCGCAGCGACCGGGAGGCCGCGCAGCGCCGCGACAAUGAGCGAGGGCACAGCAGAUCUGGCCUCGGAGACGGGAGAUGAUAGUCUGUCUGCGAUCAGUUUUGAUUCUGACGUUGAGACGAAAACAAAAAGAAAGGUUUUCCAGAAACCUCCUCCCACAUCACCAAAGUCACCUUACUCCUCCAAGUCCAAAAAAGUGACGACCUGGCGUGCUCUGAAGACAACAGGAAGUAUGCCUCUGAGUAGCAGAAUGUCUCUGACCCCGCAGAAGCUGUGGAUAGGAGGAGGAUCAAAACAGGGAAGUGGGACCCAGCCCCUGAGCUCCACACAUCCCUCGGAGCACGCGUGGACCCAUCCCCCCAGCUGCACUCCUGACUACUUGACAGAAGCCGUGAAAGCGAAGAGGGCAGACCUCAAGCGUUCUGGCAGCCAUGGUCACGGCUCUGGGACUUCUGUGUACAGAGAGAAGGAGGACAUGUAUGAUGAAAUCAUUGAGUUGAAGAAGUCCUUACACAUGCAGAAAAGUGAUGUGGAUCUGAUGAGAACAAAACUCCGGCGCUUGGAAGAGGAGAAUAGCAGAAAGGAUCGGCAGAUAGAGCAGCUUUUGGAUCCAGGGCGAGGCUCAGACUUCGUGCGGACCCUGGCAGAGAAAAGGCCUGAUGCUGGUUGGGUCAUCACCGGGCUCAAGCAAAGGAUCUUCAGGCUGGAGCAACAGUGCAAGGAAAAGGACAACACUAUCAACAAACUACAAACCGACAUGAGGACCACCAACCUGGAGGAGAUGCGUGUCGCCAUGGAGACGUACUACGAAGAGAUCCAUCGUCUGCAGACCCUCCUGGCAAGCUCUGAAGCCAUGGGAAAGAAGCCCAUUCUUGAUAAGAAGCUGGGUGUGAAGAGGCAGAAGAAGAUGAGCAGCGCUCUGCUGAACUUGACUCGGAGCGUGCAGGAACUGACAGAGGAGAACCAGAGCUUGAAGGAGGACCUGGACCGCAUGCUGAGCAAUUCCCCUACUGUCUCCAAAAUAAAGGGUUAUGUAGAUUGGAGCAAGCCCCGGCUGCUGAGACGCAUCGCAGAGCUAGAAAAGAAAGUGGGCUCUGCAGAAAGCCCGAAGACGGCAGCUACCCCAGAGCUGGUCAAGUCGAAUCCCGUGGUCCACUCUUCAUCAAACAACAUGGUGCAAAAGCAGCCAAAAGAGGACCAGCCCAAGGAGGAGCAGCCCAAAGGGGAUCAGUUGGAGGAUCAGGAGCAACUCCGAAGAACCGUGACAAGCCUGAAGGGGGAGCGGAGGACGCUGCAGGCGCAGCUGCUGGAGAGAGACCUAGAGAUGAAGCAGCUGCUACAGGCCAAGGUCUGCUUGGAGAAGGAGCUGGAGAUGAUCAGGGAAAGCGAGAAGGAGAGGCAGGAGCGAGAGCAGGCUUUGAGAGAGAAAGUUGAAGCCCUCACCAACAAAUGUCAAGAACUGGAAGAAGCUAAGAGACAAGAGAGAAAUUCAUUCUUAGCGAUCGAGCUGGAAGAAGCUAAGAGACAAGACAGAGAUUCUUCCGUACCAGUAGAAGAGAGAUAUUCUUCCGUGGCAGAGACUCAUGAGGCCGACCCAGAGCUCCAUGCUCCCUCACCCUGCAGCGGGCCCUCCAGGCCAGUCUCCGACAAUGAGCCCGACUUCCAUGACAGUGCCAGCGACAGGGGUGGCUCCUGGCUCCCCACUCCGUCCCCCGAAGAGAGGAGAGAGGCCGCCAUCAGGACCCUGCAGGCCCGGUGGAAGGCCCACAGACACAAGAAAAGAAAAGCAGCUUUGGAUGAGGCAGCAACUGUGCUCCAGGCGGCCUUCAGGGGACACCUAGCUCGGUCGAAGCUGGUACGCAGCAAAGCUCCAGACUCUGGGUCUCCCAGCGUGCCGAGCGCCCCCAGCCUUCCCAACCAGCUGCAGAGCUCUCCCACACCCCAUAUCCCAAGCCCUGGCUCCCUGGCAGAAGACAAUCCAGUACAGCAGGAGGCCAUCACUGCCAUCCAGUCCAUCCUCCGGGGAUACCUGGCCCAGGCCAGGUUCAUUGCCAACUGCUGCAGAGGACUAGCCGCCGCGUCUCAGAGGGAAGCUGUGGCAGCCAUGUGCUGGGAACCCACCUCCCCACCCUCCCUCGCAGCUUCUCCUGGGAAAGACAACCAGGAGAGCAGUGGGGAGGCUGCCAAGGAUGAAGAGGAGGCAGAGGAGCCAGCAGGCCUGCAGCCCAACUCAGGAGCAAUAAGAGCGGGCCUCUGUGCCAAGGAGAUGCUGAGGGAGACUGCUCCAGGCGAACCUGCCCCCUCCUCACAGCAACCCUUGGUCCCCCAAGGGACCACCUCAGACUCCUCCCAAGGCGGCCAGUGGGACUGCUCAUCCCCAUCCAGUCUAGAGGCUGUGCCUGAGUCCAGUGUAAAGGAGGCGAUGUGCCCGGGUAUGUGUGAGGAAAGGAGCAGCAGCACCAGAAGUGCGAGUCCAUCCCACGCAGAGUCCUGUCCCCAAGGACUGCAGCCCGUGUCACCACGACCUGUGGAGGGCUUCUGUUCGGAAGACUCCGAUGACGACAUUAUCUUUUCGCCGUUUCUGCCCAGAAAGAAAAGCCCCUCCCCAUUCUAGGACCCCAGUCAUUGCCUCCAGGUGAGGUGGCUGUGGGCCAGGCUAUAGGACUUACUAAGUGACUUUGAGAAGACGACCUGUCUCGCUAGGGAAACAGCCCUACCUCGGGAACACCUCAGCCAUCGGUUUUCUUACGUGUUGUGCCUGUGCCUUUGAGAGCCUGGUGGCUCUGUGCUGCUGUCCGGGGAGGGUGGGUAGCCACCUCCCGCUUCCAUCCCUGGCUGCAGCCAGUGUGUUCCCAGUGCCCACAGAUAGGUCCACCCCAAGUCAGGGCAGCAGGGAGUCCUGCAAAGAACUCUCAAACACUCUACUGCCUGCCCUUGACCUUGGCCCCAUCAGCUGCCAUCAAGGCUCAGCCUUCCUCGCCCUGUGCCACCUAGUGCCUUAGCAGGUGACACUGCCACGUCUCCUGUCCCCACAGCCGAAUGCGGUCACAUCAGAGCCAGCAAGAAGCUAUGGACAUCAGGGUUCCCAGCUGAGCCCUGUCCCCUCUGCUCUCAUACCCCACCACUUUCAUCCCUCUUGAAGGGGGACCAGGCAGUGUCCCACAGAGUGGCACAGCUGCUACUGAGAAGCAGCCAGAGCACAGAUUCCACAGGUCACCCUGUGGAAGGGUGGAGAGCCGAGCCAGGAGGCAGCCGUCAUCCCAGAGGAGAUAAGUCUCAGGGAAAGACGAGUUCCAGUACGGCCCUGUCACUGGUGCGCAGGCGCACCUGCAGGCCAGUGGUGCCCCCGGGCCCAUUCGGCAUCCAGCAGCUUGUCUGUGAAACCUGCCACUGCCAGUGGGUGGGAAUGAGGGGCUUUGGGCUCUGACAGGGUUUUAGGAGUAGCCAGGCUCCACGUAGCUUAGGUCUGCUGCCCAAGGGUCUCCACAGGUCUCUGGGGAUGGAACUCCCUGGUUCCUUAGGUUGGCUUUUGUCUCAGGAAAAAACUAACGCUAGAAGCUUCCUUCUUGGACUAGACCAGUGGGAAGACCCAGGAGUUUGUUUGUAGGAACCUUUAAUCCCUGGCACCUUCUGCACAGGAUGCCUGCCUGAGCACGCACACAGCAGGCAUGGGAGGCUCAGGAAGCGAGCUGGCCUUGGCGGUGAGAGGCCGGGAAGGGGCCCAGCUUUGUCUCCCUGCCCCAGGAAGGGUUAAGUGCCCCUAAGACUGGGCCAGGCCUGGCACAGCUGCCUACCCCUUCUCUCCACCAGGGGGCUAAACCCAACUCGGCCGGGAUCCUGGCCAUCUCACUUGGCCCGCAGGCUGCCUGCCAAGUCAGUUUUCUUCCCGGUGAACUGGUGGUAAUUUUGCCAACAUGGCUGCCGACUGGAGCCCUCUGUAGAUCAGUGUCCCUGUCACAACCUGGGCGUGUUCCCUGUGACCCGUGCCACCACUUGAAGUUUCAGACCCCACCCACUGGGGCACGGGAUGCCUUGUGCACCUGCCUGUACCUCGGGGGGGGGGGGGGGGGGCAGGGGGCCACAUUUGGCUGCUCUGACCUCCCUUGUUUAACAGCAGCCAUUGAGUGUUCUGACAGUGAGCAGUCAGGCAGUCAGGAGUUUGGGGGAUGAUCUCCUGGGGCUGCCCCACCUUGGGAAAAGGACACUGCAAGAUCCACCUCAGCUGCAGGGCAGUCUGUAUAUCUUGAGGCGCACCCAGCCUGCCCAGUGGGCUCUAAGGUCAAAAUCAGCUCUGCCCUUAGGUUUUCUAAGAACAUGUCCCUGAAGACCAGAAAGUCGUAAACCUCCUGUCCUUUGGUGCAGCAACUAAUCUAUUAAAGUAACCCUGUCUUGAAGCUGCCUCCAUACGUGCCUGAAGCGGAUGUGGGAACUGGGGGUCCCGCCAGCCAGUUCAGCUUUGAACUUCAAGGGAUCUGUAAGACAGAGUUCUUGUGCUUGGCUUGCUUUUGUGGGCCCAAGCAUCCCAACAGCUGGCUGGCUAGCUAGGGAGGGGUGAGGUAGAAGCCAGUUGCCAGGGGCUGUGGCCUGAGCUGAGCCUUCUGAAAGUGUGAUUGGUCUGGGACACAGCCAGCUGUGGUCUGUGGACUGCACACAGGGUCAUAGGAAGCAGCAGAAUUCACCCCUGGGGGAUGGUAGGGUUAGAGAGAGAUCUUUUCAGAAGGAAAGGACCUCAGGCCGCAGCCUUCAGGACCAAGGAGGACCCACGUAUGUGUGCCUGAGAUGUAAGUGACAUCACUGUGCCCUGACUUUGAUGGCAACACCUCCCCAUCACCUGAGCUUGGGAAGCAGCAGUGAGACUUGCGUGUAGGCUGGUGGGUAGUUCAUCUUUAAAAGAACCCAUGCUUUCUUUGUGACCCACUCUUUGAGCAAGCACUAACACGAAAAGGUAGACUGAGUCCGCCCCAUGGGCGGCAGCCAGCCACCCCGCCCCACCCCCACUCCCUGCACAGUUGACCUGUGUGGAGAGCUGAGCUGAAAAGGGGAAGGUGCCACUCACCCUGAGCACAUGCUUGCUGGAGACCAUGGGCAUCUCCGCAGAGCACACAGCAAGCCAGCUGGGCUUGGGACACAGGGCCGACAGGGCCCCCGUGGGGCACUGUUCCUCUUAGCUCAGAAGCCAGGAACAGAACACCCUCUUGGCGAUGCCAUCCCAGUGAAAAAGCAGGAUCCAGGAGACACCGUAGCCCUGUGUUGCCCUUGAUUCACCUCCGCCCACGAGAUGCAGCUGAGAAGUGCAGAGAGGGGGCUGGUACAAGCCAGGCUUCCCCAAACUCGCUAAACAGGCAGCAGUGAGCUGAGUGUGGGUGGGGAACAGAGCUGUGGUGAGCGGAAGCAGACUAGUGAGCUUCUUGUCUGGCGCUGGGGGAACCUAGGUCCUUGAGUGUGCUAGGCAAGCACUGUACCUCCCAGCCACACCUCCCCCUACAGAGCCAUCCUGUUGCAGUGUUAUCCCCGGGUGCGCAGCACUGAGGGGACCACGGUGCCUGCAGGGCUCCUGAUGGGCGACCAGCACCGAAUGCCAGGGCCCUGUGCCUGCUGUUUGUAUAAGUCCACAGUAAAUUGGGAGCUUUUUGUAGGUCCAUUCAUCUCUGCACCAAGCAAGGACUGUGGCUGAAUGACCUGGACUGCAGGUUCUGGCUGUUUUCUGUCUGAUAAAUGUCUAUUUUUGUCUCCUGAUGAGGAGAGUGAGGACUGUGCCUUCAGUCUCACAGCCUCAGAGCCCUCUCUGUGAAGAGACGGAUCAUCAGAAAAAGAAUGAAGAUAACAGCAGAACAGAUGUCUUUAAAGCUAUAAAUACCUUCCCGGGAAAGCCCUCUAACCUUUGAGAACUAAAUAAAAACUCCAUCAUGUG